AUGUAUCUUAACAACUGCCAUCGUUCGAUCCCCCCCCCCCCGUAUGGUCCGCUAGAUUCUGCCGGUGAUGUGGGUUUACGCCAGGGCAAGGUGCUCAUCUUCGUGAAGGACGGUCCCGGCUUCUACACCACUCGCAUCCUCGCCCCAAUGCUCUCCGAGGCCAUUCGACUAAUGCAGGAGGGCGUCACCCCGACGGAACUGGAUGCGGCAACGCUGGCGUUUGGCUGGCCAGUCGGUAUGGCCACCCUCGCUGAUGAGGUCGGACUCGACGUGGCGGUUCACGUGGCCGAGGAUCUGGGUGCUGCCCUCGGCAAACGCGUGCAGGUGGGUGUGUGUGUGUGUGUAUUUUACGCAAGGGAGUCUGAAUCCGUCUCCGAUCAUCGUGCCAUCGGAGCGGUCAGGGUGAGGGGGGGAGAGAGAGAGUGCGGUAGACGCUACGCAAGUUUGCCCCAAUACAAGACAACGUAUGUACAAGUUACCUCUGCGCAAGUUCUGUGAACUGCUGGAUGAAUGUCGCAUGCUUUUAGGUUUCUGUGUCUCUGUAUACAUGCAGGAGGUGGGGGAAAUGGACGCUGCAGGCGUUUCUCCACUGAAGGGACUGGAUCGUUAG